UCACUUGGAAGAUGUUCAUUCCGCUGAUUUUCUCAUUAGUUUUUAGCGCAUUUUUCAGUGUUUUCUCGGCAGCGGAAGUGUUACGAUUCUCUUCUUAUUAUGGGAGUCACAUGGUUCUGCAGAAAGCCCCAGCCAAAGCAGUUGUGUGGGGAUUUGGACAGACAGGAGCCAAGGUUGUGGUGUCGUUGUCUGGACCACACAAAGUGUCUGCACACUCUGUUCCUGUUAUCAAUGGUAUUUGGCGCACAACUCUCAAUCCUGUGGAGGCCGGUGGUCCCUACAUAUUGACUGCAUCUCAGAGUACAACUAACAGCUCAAUCACUCUUACAGAUGUGCUCUUUGGAGACAUCUGGUUAUGUAGUGGUCAGAGUAACAUGGCAUUCACUGUUGAUCAAUUGAUCAAUGCAACAGAGGAGCUGGCCAUGGCAUCUAAGUUCCCUGACGUGAGGAUCUUCCAGGCUGCCUUGGAGAAGAGCGACGAGGAACUAAUUGAUCUCGCAGGAGUGGAGAUUCCUUGGUCCCGACCAACAGCAGAAUUACUUGGUGGAAAGGAAUUCAGCCAUUUCUCUGCAGUUUGCUGGCUCUUUGGUCGCUAUCUCUAUGAGACACGGAAAUAUCCCAUCGGACUAGUAGAGACGUGUUGGGGAGGCACACCUGUGGAAGCCUGGUCAACACCAAGGUCGCUUCACAAGUGUGGAUUGAAGAGCUCAAUGACCAGUGAUCCUUAUAGCCCUCCGUCUGUGCGAAGUUACUUCUUGGGGAACAUCUCUGCUAAAUGGACGAGUUCAGUGCUGUGGAAUGCCAUGAUCCAUCCGUUACUCAACAUGACCAUAACAGGAGCCAUAUGGUACCAAGGUGAGGCUAAUGCAAACUACAACAGGGAUAAAUACAACUGCUCUUUCCCUGCCAUGAUUGACGACUGGAGGAUGGCUUUCCAUGAAGGCUCAGAUGGCCAAACUGCACUAGACUUCCCAUUUGGAUUCGUACAGCUAAGCACAUAUCGCAAAAACGAUCAGCUUGAUGGGUUCAGAGAAAUACGCUGGCAUCAGACAGCAGACUAUGGCUUUGCCCCUAAUGAGCGCAUGAAGAACACCUUUAUGGCUGUUGCUAUCGAUGUACCUGAUAAAAAGUCCCCUUGGGGAAGUAUCCACCCAGAGGAUAAACAGGACGUGGCGUACAGACUUGUGCUUGGGGCAAGAGCUGUCGCCUAUGGGGAGAAGAACGUGUCUUUCCAAGGACCUUUCCCUACUCACGCCAUCCUCUACAAGUCUUUCAUUAGCAUCGUGUUUAAUCAGGCUGUUAAUGCCAUUCAUGAUGAUGAUGAUGAUUUUUUUGAGAUCUGCUGUUCUGAGGAUAAAAUGUGUGGAUCAAACAACAAUUGGUUGCCUGUUCCCAUAAUAAAACAUGGCUUAAAUUAUGUCUAUGUAUCUAAACCACCGUGUACAGCUGCUUCAAUUACUGCGGUGCGUUAUCUCUGGACAGACUGGCCCUGUCAAUUUAAAGCUUGCCCCAUCUACAGCACUUAUGGGCACUUACCUGCACCACCAUUCAUCCUGGCCAUAACAGAACCAGUAUACUGAACCAUCAUGUUUUUAAAAUGUCUCUUCAUAUCAUGUAGCAGUGAUUAAAUAUAUAUAUAUAUAUAAAUGAGUAAAAUGUAUGCAAGAGAGAGAUUUGGAUGCACUUCUACAAAUCUUUUUGAGUGACAUAAGCUGGAAAUGUCUGUGAUUUGAACUUGACUGGAGAGCCAUUUUACACAAUUCAGUCAGUUUGCACUUUGGAUGUGUCCUUUUUUAAAAGGUCACCCUUUUUUGUGUGGUAUAAUAUCAAAUACCACUGUGUCUAAUGUUUAUGUUUCAUAAAUUGUUUGAUGUUUAUUUUUGUCCUCUAACAAUUAAAGUUUGUUCAGUGGAGAAUUCA